AUGUGGUUCUCCAAAUCAUGGGCUUCACUAUGCCUACUGGCAACAUGCGCUGUUGGCGCCAGGGCUGCUGUCGAGGCCGACCCCGAAAUGAAAAGCAUUCCCUUACGCACCCACAGUCUCGCGCCCCCAUAUCUAGAUUCUGAUAUGUCCAGUCGAUGGUUUGACUUUGGAGGAGACACCAUAAUCCGCGCCGACCAGUACAUACGAUUAGUGUCAGACAUUCCCUCCCAGUCUGGCUGGAUCUUCUCCCGCAUACCCAUUACUGCUACGAAUUGGGAAAUCGAAUUUGAGUUCUCGAUAGCAGGCAAAGGCCACUUACAUGGUGAUGGCUUUGCCUUGUGGAUCACAAAAGAGAGGGGACAGCCAGGACCGGUGUUUGGCCAUGCGGACCAGUUCGAGGGACUGGGUAUCUUCUUUGAUACGUACAAGAACAAUCGACCGGGAGUGGUAUUUCCCUAUGUCAUGGCAAUGCUUGGAGAUGGCAAGACGACAUAUGAUUCCGGCAAUGAUGGGAAAGCAAAUGAGUUAGGAGGAUGUUCGGCACGAGGACUCCGAUCGUCGACUGUACCAUCCAAAGGAAAGUUGACAUACUUCCAAGACAAAUCUCUCUCACUACAACUACAAUACAAGACGGCCGACACAUGGAUCGAAUGUUUCACGGUGGAAUCCACUGACGAGCAGCCAUUGAGGAUGCCCAACACAGCAUAUCUGGGGUUCAGUGCACACACGGGGGAAUUGACCGACAACUUCGACAUUAUCAGUGUGGAGACGCGCAAUCUGUACAAUCCGGUUGCGGCUAAUUCAGGUCGGGCGGCCGCAGCAGCCGCAAGAGCGAGUGGACGAGGAAGACCCCCGAAGAAGAAGGGCGGCGGUUGGGGAUGGUUCUUGUUCAAAUUGUUGUUCUUUGCAGGGUUGGUUGGUGGUGGCUAUGUGGGUUACACCAAAUACAAGCAGAAGCAGAGAUACACGGGGUUCUAG